AAGAGAAGCCUCCAGAGCCAAAUGAUGCCGCCGCCGCCGACGGACCUCCCAACAUGGGAGAUACUUCCUACCGCCGAUGGUCACUUCCAGUGGGCCGCCGCUGCCGGGGAUCCCGGCGUGCAACCGGAGCCGCCGCUCCGAACCCUAGCACGCGGAGUGAAUAGCCACCCAGAUCAUCGCCUCCCUUCCAUGGCGGAUCUCUCGACCCUAGCUCGUCCGAAGCUUCCGGAGGGUGGAGAUGGUGGCCGUGGAGAUGGAGAGAGGUUUCCGAUGUUUCGGACGGGAACCGGGAGAGCAGUUUCGGUGAGCGAGAGUUCCAUCAGGAAGGCGAGGUCUGUUCUCGGAGGAGGGGGCGAUACGGACACAAGUGGAUCAAUAAGACAUGGGAUUGAAACAACGUCAGGUGGUCAAGAUGAUCGAUUUCCACUGUUUCGUACUGGAUCUGGGAAGUCAGUUACUAUAAAAGAAUCUUCACUUAGGAAAGCAGCAGUUGUUCUUGAAGGAAAUGGUAUAAAUAAAGGGGAUAAGGUAACUUUGGAUGUUGGUGCCAAAGAUGAGCUGUUUCCGAUGUUUAGUACUGGAUCAGGAAAGCCAGUCACAGUAAAAGAAUCUUCAAUUAGAAAGGCAGCAGCUAUCUUUAUAGGAGAAAAUAUGGAGAAAGAAUCUCCAAAUCCUCUGCAAUGUGACAGAAACAAUCAUGAUGGGCAUGAGAAAUAUGUUUUACUCGAUCCUUCUUCAACUGAAAAGGCACUGUCUAUUAUUGAUGGAAGCAAUCCAAAGACAGAACAGUUGCACGAAAAUUUUAGGUGGGACAUGAAUCAGGAAACUGCUGGAACAAGUCUUCUUGACUGUGUUGAUGUGAACUCAGUUCAAAGAAGUCCAGAAAAUUGCAUCAAUAAAUUUUGUUCAACAGGAAGCCACUUAACCAAUGGUCAGCUACAGAAAACUCUGGAGCAUAAAUUGGAUUCUUCUGAUUGUGGACAGUCUCCUGUUAAGUUCCAAACUGCCGGUGGAAGGUAUGUAUCAAUUUCUAAUGAUGCAUUAAAACGUGCAAGGAACCUUCUUGGGGAGUCAGAUAUAGAAGUUUCAGAGGACAACAUCACACUAGAUCAACCUUUGUCCUCAUUUCUAAGAAAUAAGAAUAAUCUUGUCGACACAUUUUGGAAUAAAGAGAACAUCUCAUCUCCUCAUUCUCCCCAUUGUGGGGGAAUGAGCAAGCUUGUCUCAAGGACCCCACCUUCUCUUACCAAGAGAAGGCAGUUUUCUCUCACUCGGAAAAUAAAGUCUGAUAGUUAUACGCUAGAUCAGGAGAAUGCCAGAAGCUUCGCUUUGGAGAAUAUUUACUCAGGCAACAAAACACCUGUCAAUCAAAAGCCUGAAAAAGAUGACCUUCACUCUGCUGGUAGUGCUGUUGAAAUUGUUAGAAGGAUUGAGAAUGGUGAUGGCAUGUCUUUCGGUGGACCACUGAUUGAUAUUUCGAACAUAGCUGGAGAUUGUAUGAAUAUGAAUCGGCUUCCCAACGAAAAGAGAAGACCUGGCAAAACGAGUUAUGUUUCUCCAUUUAAAAGGCCACGCAGCUCUAGGUAUGUUGAGCUAUUAUUUUCUAUCUUUAUUAUACCUGUGCCAUUGUUUAUAUUUUAUAUGAUCAUUCUAUUUAUGAUCUAGAU